AUGGCUGUGUUGUCAUCACUUGUCAGCAGUAUUCUUCUGCUCCUGGUCGAAUUACAAGGCGUGUGUGGGCAGCAGGCGUUCAGGACCGAGCCGAGGAACGUGACCGUGAGGGCUGGAGCCACGGCUCUGCUGAAGUGUGAAGUGCUGAGGGCCUCGGGGACCGUGCAGUGGGUGAAGGAUGGCCUGCUUUUGGGGCCACACAGGUCUCUGCCCGGCCACCCACGCUACACCAUGACUGGUGAUGAGAACAGAGGGCAAUACCAUCUCCAGAUUAAAGACGUUCGCCUAGAAGACGACUCCCCCUACGAAUGCCAAGUGGGCCGCUCUGAAACCAGUCAUCCCAUCGUCUCACGCACUGUGUGGAUCAAUGUGCAAAUUCCUCCAUCGAAGCCCAGAAUCACGCAGGACUCAGAGGAGCCGUGGGUAGAGGGGAACGAGUACACUGUGACCUGCAUCGCUCCCGAUGCCAAACCGGCUGCUGAUAUCAUUUUGUUUAAAGACGGAGAGAUGUUGACAGAUACAACAUCUUACACGACGGCCGGCUCUGAAGAUAAACUCCUGGACACUUACAGUAAAGUUACUAUCAGACCGCAUCGUUCAGACGACGGCCGACCCCUGCUCUGUCGAGUCAAGAACCCAGCUCUCAGCCAGGCAUUGGAAACCAAACUUUUAAUGAAAGUAUACUUCCCACCCCAGCCUCCAGUGAUAGAGGGAUUGAGGGGUGAAGAGGUGAAAGCCGGUACCUAUCUCCGGCUGGUCUGCCUGUCAUACGGAGGAAACCCUUUGGCUACUUUGCACUGGACUAAGAACAGUGAGGUGUUGUCCACUAAUUGGGAACUGGACAUUAACUCUGGUAAGGCCAGUAGUACUCUGCUGAUGGACGUGAAGCCGGAAGACAACAAUGCUGUGCUACAAUGUGAAAGUGGUAAUCAGGUGACCCGAUCUCCUAUGGUCAUCACUCGCACCAUCUCCGUCCUAUUUGAGCCCUCUAAUGUGGAGCUAAGUGGCUCCUCUGAAGCUAUAGAAGGAACAGAGUUGAAUAUGUGGUGCUCCACAUCCUCCAGUAAUCCACCAGCUCAUAUCCGCUGGUGGCUUGGCUCCAAGGAGCUGAAUACGACUGACAUCACCAUUACUGAGGGAGAGAAUGGUGGGAUGAUGACAUUCUCUAACCUGACUCACACCGUGUCCAGGGAGGAAGACAGACUGUUGCUUACAUGUGAAGCGUUUAAUAAAGGCACAAGAUUUUCCAAAAUCCAAACCAAAACGCUUACUGUGUACUAUCCUCCUCAGAAGGUUUGGUUAGAUGCCCCUAAAAAAGGAACCUUCCUCCGUUCAGGGAUGAUUAUUCGGCUGGUGUGUUUUUCUAGUGGAGGAAACCCUACAGGCCGCUUGACCUGGUUGAAGAAUAAUAAAGUUGUGCAGACGACAUCGAAACACAUCCAGUCUGAGCGUGGUGUGUCACGAGAGUUCCUUCUCACUCUCCAACCCAGUGAUAAUUUAGCCACGUAUCGCUGCGAGGCCACCAACGAGGCCAAGAAAGUACGAUCAGCUGAAACUACACUCGAGGUCCAGUUCCCCGCAGUAAGUUUGAAGAUUGUGGUGAAAAAGAAGAAGUUGCAUGCAGGAGAAACGAUCAAGAUGGAGUGUCUAGCUGGAAGCAGCAAACCAACAGCUAACAUCAGCUGGAGUCUGGGUAGCACCAGUCUUUUAGAAGAGGGGACUACCGCUAAGAAUUCGUCGUAUGGCGGUGUGUCAGUCACCAGCGUUCUGGCGCUCCCUCUCUCUUCUCAUCUACACGGCAGCAGGAUCACCUGUCAGGCCUUCAGCGCUGCACUCUCAGAGCGGGUCAACACCUUCUACACACUCAACGUCCUCUUUCCUCCUGAGUUUGCUGAAGACCAGCCGAGCCUGAUCCCAGUGAGUGAAGACAACGUCGCCAGGCUUCCUGUUAAAGUCUCAGGCAAUCCAGACGAUAUCGCCUGUGAGUGGAUAUUCCAGGACGAGAAGGUGCUUAGAGAUCGGGAUCAUCGUUAUCACUUCCCACAAGCCUGGGAUCUGGAGAUUUGGAAUGUGACCAGGCGUGAUGCGGGUGUGUACACGGUGGAGUGUUCCAACGCAGAAGGAAAGAACAGCACCAACAUCACAUUGGACGUCCAGUAUCCCCCCAUUGUGAAGAUGAAAACGGAUCCUGUGCAAGUAAACGUCGGAGACACUGCAGAUCUGUUCUGCAUCGCUGAUGCCAAUCCUGUGACUGAUGACAUGUUUUCCUGGAAGUGGAUGGGCGAUGGUGAGCGUGAGGAUUUGGGAGAGUCGAGUCAGGAUGAAUCAACUGGACUUCUGACCGUUUAUGAGGUGACCCGAGCUCAUGCAGGUCCUUACCAAUGCACUGCAAACAAUGGCAUAGCGCCCCCUGCCAGUGUUGUGGGUCAACUUGUUGUACGCUUUGCUCCAGAGCUGCAGAAGGGGCCACAGUGGAAGAAAGUGGCGAGUCGAGGAGACGGUACUACUGACGCUGAUGUGAUUUGUCAGGCUGAAGGAGUGCCACGUGUCCAAUUCACCUGGGCGAAGAAUCGCAUACCACUAAACUUUGACAACCCUCGGUAUCUAGAAAGGACAGUAAAAGAGGGGGCCAUACACACCAGCACACUGACUGUAGUAAAUGUGAGUGCAGUUCUGGAUUAUGCCGUGUUUACCUGCACUGCCCGGAACAGCCUCGGAGAGGACACACUUGACAUCCAGCUGCUCAGCACCAAUUACCCAGACCCCCCAUCAGACCUGAAGCUGCUUCGCGUCUCCUCAAACUCAGUCACUCUGGAGUGGAUGCCUGGCUUUGACGGAGGACUCACUCAGAAUUUCCGAGUCAGGUACAAGUGGGCAGGGUCUGCCAGUUACCUGUACGUUGAUGUUUUUCCUCCGAGAUCCACCGUCUACACAGUGAGCGGCUUGAAUCCUUCCACCACCUACAACUUCUCAGUUAAUGCCAUUAACUCGAUCGGAGAAAGCGGCUAUGCUGAUAAUGGUGCAAUACUAAACGUCACCACUAAGGAUCCUGAUCCAGCAGGAGACGAGACCCAUCCUGAAGCUCCGAAGCGUGAAGAAGUUCAAGCUAUACCGGUGUAUGUCAUCCCCAUUCUCGUGGGAAUCUUCCUGCUGGGCAAUGCCUUAGGCUUCUUUCUGUUGGUCAGGUGGAGGAAGGGACAGAGUCUGAAAGAGGGAGCAGUCAGCUUUUCAGAGGGCAAGAGGAGCGAUGAGGGGUCAUCAGUGAGCAGCAGAGAACCGAUCAAUGCCUCUGCACAGCGAACCCUUCUCAUCAACACAAGCUCAGAGGUAGACACCAGUGGCAGCAGCAGCAUCUACGAGUGCUAUGGAGAGAGCAAUCACUAUUACUACCCCACUGAUGCCUUCAGUCCUGCUCUUUAUACUCACCUGGAGACACCAGAGAAACUUGAUAGCAGAAACAUAACAAACCCGUUCAACCAUGAUUAUGAGGAAGUCCGGGACAUUGGCCCAUACCAGGAUCUGUUUGGGUUGAAUCGCCUACCUUCAACUACAUCCACUUAUAAGCAGGGUGCAUGGUUUGGUGCAGCGGAUUUGUAUCCAGUGAGUGGCGUGAACAAUUAUACCACUUACAAUCACAAAAAGAACUCUGAAUUGCCCUUUGAACUGAGGGGUGAGCUGGUCUAAGAACUCAGAGCAUGACGAACGUGUUUAAGGACCUACAACCCAAUCAGGUCGACAAAAAUUUAGGGUUAAAGGAGUCUGGCAAAAUCUAUCACGAAUUAACUUGGCUACAUCUUAAACUGGAAUAAAAAUAUAUAUUUUUAAUAAAAUCUUGACAACAAAGCUGAAUUAUCAUAACAGGAUCAAAACAACAAAUGCAUAUAGCUAAAUUGAAAUUAAAACAACUAUUGUUAUUUAAAUGAACUAUUUAACUAUUUAAACACAUGACUUGAGCAAAUCCAAAAAUCAGUUCCAAAAAGAUAGUCAGGUAUUCUCUUUAGAAGUAACACUGAAUGAGGGUAAAGUUGAGACUUCAAGUACACAUGUGAAGUCACAAAUGGCAGUCACAAAAUCAACAGCAUGACAAUACCUGGAAGAGGAAGCCAUAUCGAGAAGGCCCAUGUUCAUAGCCAAAUGUCAUUCAGCUGUAUGAAAUGGCAGCCCAAUCCCUGGAACCUAGUCAAUUUGACCAUUCAAGAUCUGCAAGCAUCCAAAUCCAAAUACUACAUGAAAAACAUCUCCAAACAAGGAGGGGAUGGUUUAUGCUGCUUAUGUAAGAGAUGUGACGAAACCAUCCAUCACAUUGUUAGUGUUUGUGAAACAAAGGCCAACAUGUGACAUAACAACCUGGUGAAAUACAUCAACUGGUCACUAGCCAAGGACAACAAGUUAUGUGCCGUGUCAAUGGUGACACUGGAUAAGGUCAUGGAUAACCCCUCAGCCCAAAUCCUUUUGGUAAUCUCUGUGUAAACUGACACUAAGGUUGAUAAUAACCGACUUGACAUCAACUAUAUUGACUUCCUCAUCAACCAAACCUAUCUAAUAGAUGCACCGGUUCCGUGUGUAAGUGAAGUGCCUACCAUCCAAGUCUCUUGGGGAAGUCUUAUGAUCUUGGGUUGCUUCAGUUGGUCAGGUCUAGGUUCAGCAGUGUUAUGUUCCCAAAAAAUGAGGUCAGCUGAAUACCUAAAUACUUUAGAGGACUAUUUUUUUUCAUAAAUGGAUUUUUCCUCCCUGAUGGCAUGGGCAUAUUCCAAGAUGGCAAUUAUAGGAUUUAUCAAGAAUAAAUUGUGAAAAAGUGGUUCAGGGAACAUGAUACACAAUUUUCACACAUGAAUAGGCCACACAAACCUUAACCCUACUGAGAAUCCUUGGGAUUUUCUAAAAGACAAUAAAUGUGACAUUUUAUAAACUUUUCAAAACAAUGUCACAGACAUAAUCAAAGCAAAAGAUUGUUCAAUUAAAUAUUAGUGUGUGACAAGGGGGUGUAUAUUUGCCUUCAGUGGCUGAUUUGGUCUUUUUAUUGAAACUGUACUAUAUGUAAAAUUAUUAGAUUAUUGGCCAAAAUAUAUAAACAAACUAAUAAAAAAAAUAAACCUAUUAAAAUUUACUAUUGAAAUGCAAACUGCAUACAGUGCUGUUUUUGGUGAUAUGGCAUUAUUUUAAAGUAAAGUAUGUGCAAAAUCUUGCAAUAUACACUUUUACUUUGUUACACAUUUAUGCUUUACUGAAAAACAAAAUUUUAAAAAAUCACAAUGGGUUUGACAUUUUGUUGGUAACACAGCAGUGUAUUUUUGUGCAAGGUCAUACUUUUUAGGUCUGUAGUCAUAUUGUUUUUUGGGAAAGCUGAGAGGACAGCCUGACAAUGUCCAAGGUGAAGAUUUCAAGGCCAUUGCUGUGUGAUUCCUGGAAGUAAACAAUACAGCCUUAUCUUACAAUAUCCUUAUUUUAUUCUCUUAUCUUUUCACAUGAUCUAUUGGAUAGUAUCUGUCAUACCAAACUGGUUAUACAGAAUUGGAAGGGAAAUUACAUUCUUGGAAAGGUACUUGGGAAAGAGAAUGUAUUUUAGCAUGCAAGAUUUUAGGCUGUAUAUGAACAGUUAGUCACAGUGUUAAUAACCCAGUAGCAUAAAAUAAUUAUUUGGGGAUAAAAUAAUGAA